CCGCUCUCUUGUAAGGUCUUGAACCAAAAGAACUUACCAUUUUUGUGGCCAUAGAUGCAAAUAAAUUGGAAGAAGAAUUGCCCAUUUUGCCGGGAGUUCCUAAAAACGAAAUACCCAUAGCUUGUGGGGCAAGAGUGCAGAAAGCAAUAUGUAUUUUACGUAUAUAAACCACGUAAAUCAAGUUGCCGCCGGCGCGCUUUGGUCUACCAAGUUUAGGGCACUUGCUAACGGUCAACUCGCGCUUCACUUCAACGCCGCCGCCACCUGUUCCCUGUCCGCCGCUCAAUUCCGUCAGCUGAAUUUCCUCCUGCGUUUUCAUAUCUCACAAGAAACUAAGCUAUUUCUCCUUUUUGCGAGUAGCAUUAUAUUGCUGCACACUGAAGAACAAGGAAGCUGGUGCUUUAAUGGCUCUUAAGUUUGAGUUGUUUCUAUGACUUGUUAAACUCUGCCAAUCAGAAUGGCGUGGUUUUCAGCUUGUUCUAUACCGGCUGUGCCUCUUUUUCUUCAGGUACUUGGAAGGUUUAAUCGUGCCCGUGCAGCUCAACUCACUCUCCCUCACUAUCUGUGCCAGACACCUUUGUUUAUGCCAGUGGGUACCCAAGGAACUAUAAAAGGUUUAACGAAGAAUCAGCUGGAGGAAAUUGGUUGUCAAAUUAUACUUGGGAACACAUAUCAUCUAGCUUUACGUCCGACUUCUGAGCUCAUUGAUGAGUUGGGCGGUCUCCACAAAUUCAUGAACUGGCCAAGGGCACUGCUUACAGACUCUGGUGGUUUCCAAAUGGUAUCCUUAUUGCAUUUGGCUGACAUUACAGAAAAGGGUGUCACAUUUCAGUCACCUGUCGAUGGGAAACCGAUGCUUCUUACACCCGAAGAAUCAAUACAAAUUCAAAACAGAAUUGGAGCAGAUAUUAUCAUGGCCCUCGAUGAUGUUGUGCGAACCACUAUCACAGGGCCUCGAAUUGAAGAAGCAAUGUACCGCACUCUUCGUUGGAUAGACAGGUGCAUAGCAGCUCACAAGAGGCCAAAUGAACAAAAUUUAUUUGGGAUAGUUCAGGGUGGUUUAGAUCCAGUAUUAAGGGAUAUAUGUGUCAGAGGUUUGGUUGAACGUAAUCUGCCUGGCUAUGCUAUUGGUGGUCUUGCAGGCGGUGAAGAUAAAGAUUCAUUUUGGCGUGUUGUUGCUCAAUGUACUGCUGCAUUGCCUGAGGAUAAGCCACGAUAUGUCAUGGGUGUUGGUUACCCUCUAGAUAUUGUUGUUUGUAGUGCUUUAGGUGCUGACAUGUAUGAUUGCGUGUAUCCCACUCGUACAGCUCGCUUUGGCACAGCUCUUGUUCCAGAGGGAGUUUUGAAACUGAAACACCAGGCAAUGGCUAAUGAUAUACGUCCUAUUGAUCCCAUGUGCGAGUGUAUGGUCUGUAAAAAUUACACAAGGGCUUACAUUCAUUGCCUAGUAACAAAAGAUGCUAUGGGAUCUCAACUUCUUUCAUAUCACAAUUUAUAUUACAUGAUGAAGCUUAGCAGAGAUCUACACUCAUCAAUUGUUGAAGGACGGUUUCCAGAGUUUGUUUGCAAGUUUCUGCAGACAAUGUUCCCAAAAGGUGAUGUGCCUGAAUGGGUUUGCAAUGCCAUGGAGGUUGCAGGAAUCGACAUUUCUUCAUGUUGUCAUGAGAUGAAGGUUUGAUGUUGAUAAAAGCUCAACAUUGUAGGAGUACAUAUUCUACAGUUCAAGCAAAUAUAGCUGCUAAGACACAUGCAAGUGAUUAUACGGUAGUUGAUGCUGGAAAAAGCUCAAAAAUUUUGGUAUUGACUUUUCAUUGAGCACCUAACCGAUACAGAUGUUAGAUACAUGCUCGUGACAGUACGGUGGAAACAAAUUUCUGGCCAAUACGCUCCUGCACUGUGAUGUACUGCUGAAUGCAGGAGCAUCUGUCUCUAAUUGAUCUGAGCAGACAAAUGGUGGAUGGUAUAUACUCCCUUGGAGCAAAUGAAUUGAUAAAUUUUGAUCCUCAAUUCUAUACAGCUUCGAGCAUAGAUUUUUGUGCUUUCGAAGAGUGUG